AUGGCUACUGUCCUGCUCAGUUUCAUCAUUGCGCACGACAGUGUGUCCUCAGACAGCCGUGGUGUCAGCAGGGUUUGGUUGGGUUCCUCAGCCCCAGGGCCCUGCAGCACCUCUGGGUGCUCGGCCUCCUCCUCCUCAGCACUCACCCCCUGCCCUUUUCCCACGAGGUCUGGCUUUCCUCAGCCACCUGGCAGUGAUGUGGCUGCUCCUGACAGCCUGCCCUUAUCAGGAGCAUGUUUUGCAUUAAUUUCAGCCUCUUCACAGCGUGCCUGCCUCUGUGGGAACGCGGCCCGCGGGUGGAGAGCGUCCGUCUCCUUCAGCCACGCUCGGUGCCGCCUCAGCGGGAGCAGGCAAAGGUGGAAGCAGAAAUGGUGGCCAGAGGUUGUCCUGGGAAGAUUUCAGUGUGGAGCAUGGAAAACCACCCUGCUGCCAGGCACAAGAUGCAGAGUUCUUAGUCAUGAGCCCCAGAUGUUUGGGAAAACAGGAGAAGGACCCCCCUCCUCUGAAACUCUGACAGUCACAGGCAGUAGAAGCAAGCAAAGCUUGCUAUCAGCCAUGGGAAUUUACAAGCUUUCCAACAAGACUGAAGAAAUCCAGGAAACCACAAUGACAGAUCCACUUGAAACAACCAUUUCAUUGCCGCUGCAGUGCCUUGCCUGCUCCAUCCCUGGGUUGGUUUCUGUUGCUGGGACAGGAAACAUCUUUUUUGUCAAGGAGAGGGUUAGUGGGGAGAAGCAUCUUUGUCCCCCCACUGUACUGGGAGGUGUUUCUGGGUGGUUCAGUGUGUGAGAAGGGCUCCAGAUCACUUCUGUUGCUUUCCCUAUCAUAGCAUUUUUGUGAGAAUCCAUGAUAUUUCCAGUGACUUGGUCCUUUGCUACCCUUUGAGCACAGCCCAGACCUUUGAGAAUACUCUACCAAGAUGAAGAAAAAGAAUCAUUCCAAUGGGUAUUUCAGAGAUUCUGCUGGCAGGUGCUUUUCUGCUUCAACACAGGCUCAAUCCUGACAUGACUGUUGACUUCAGUAAAGGUGUGAUUGCAGAAGGGAUCAGUCUGGUCUGACACCUCAAAUUACAGAAGCCCAGUGGGAAGGGAGGAAGAGUUAAAUGGAUGUCACUUUAGGGGCAGCACUACUGGGAAGCAGCAGGAAUCCUCCUGCAAGAGAUGAGGAUUCAUGUCAGGAUGACACUGCUGAGGAUUCAGAUAGGUACAUCAACACAGACAAGCCUCUACACUCUGUGAAUCUCUCAUGAACAAGGCCUUACCCCAUUCAUUGUCUUAGGAAACAGUCCUGCUGGCUUCAGAAACAUCAGAAUAAGCUUCUGUUUUUCCAGCUUUACAUAUUACAUUGCUGAAGCGUUUGAUGAAUGGGAUGCUGUGCAGCUGAAAGAUCACACGUCUCAAAUGGCUCACUUGGCGUUCUCAGACUGAACUGACUGGCAGAGUUGCAGCUCUCUGACAAGGAGAAUGGCUGCUUUUCUCUCAGAAGAGCACUGUAACUCUUAAAUGCAAUAUAAAGGCAAGAUAUUAUAUACA